AUGAAUAAAAGCGGACAGGCAGGGGACAACGGAGGUUUCCACACAAUGUACACCACACGCAAGCUGUCGCCCAAGCUGUCGCCCAAGCUGUCGCCCAAGAUGUCGCCCAAGCUGUCGCCCAAGCUGUCGCCCAAGCUGUCGCCCAAGCUGUCGCCCAAGCUGUCGCCCAGGCUGUCGCCCAAGCUGUCGCCCAAGCUGUCGCCCAAGCUGUCGCCCAAGCUGUCGCCCAAGCUGUCGCCCAAGCUGUCGCCCAAUCUGUCGCCCAAGCUGUCGCCCAAGCUGUCGCCCAAGCUGUCGCUCAAGCUGUCGCUCAAGCUCCCCCGCGCGCUCCCCCUCACAGCCGCGGCCAGCCGCCUUCAGCUUCACGCUUUCCGCUUCUCGCUGUUGCUGCUCCAGUAG